GGCCGCUAGUGUCUCUAGGCUUCCGUGGCGGGGCGGCCCCAGGAAGUGACGUAGCGCACAAGUUCCGGUUCCGCGGAUCCGCCAGUUCCGCCCUUGCCAAAGCCCGGCAUUGUAGUGAGCGGUACACGUGCAUUCAUCUGUUUCUUGUUGCGGUAGCGAUGGACGCUUUGGAUCGAGUUGUGGCCGUCCCAGGCUAGGGGUCCAAUCUGAGCUGUAGCUGUCGGCCUACGCUAGAGCUAUAGCAAGGUGGGAUCCAAGCUGCGUCUGCCACCUACACCACAGCCCAUGGCAACGCCAGAUCCUUAACCCACUGAGCAAGGCCAGCGAUUGAACCAGCAACCUCAUGGUUACUAGUCAGAAAGCCCCAAACAAAAAGAGCCAAGAGAUUCCUGGAGAAGAGAGAACCAAAACUCAGUGAAAAUAUUAAAAAUGCUAUGCUGAUAAAAGGAGGAAAUGCAAAUUCAACAGUGACACAAGUUCUUAGAGAUGUGUAUGCACUGAAGAAACCAUACGGCGUCCUCUAUAAAAAGAAAAAUAUUACAAGACCGUUUGAGGACCAGACAUCAUUGGAAUUUUUUUCAAAGAAGUCAGAUUGUUCUUUAUUCAUGUUUGGAUCCCAUAAUAAGAAGCGGCCAAAUAACCUAGUAAUAGGUCGUAUGUAUGACUACCAUGUGCUGGAUAUGAUUGAAUUAGGUGUUGAGAAGUUUGUCUCUCUAAAAGAUAUUAAGAAUAGUAAAUGUCCCGAGGGAACAAAGCCCAUGUUAAUAUUCGCAGGUGAUGAUUUUGAUGUAACAGAAGACUACAGAAGGCUGAAAAGUCUUCUUAUUGAUUUCUUCAGAGGCCCCACAGUACCAAAUAUCCGCCUGGCUGGUUUAGACUAUGUUCUGCACUUCACUGCACUGAAUGGGAAGAUUUACUUUCGAAGCUAUAAGUUACUGCUGAAGAAAUCUGGCUGCAGAACACCACGGAUUGAAUUGGAAGAGAUGGGACCCUCAUUGGAUCUGGUUCUGAGGAGGACACACCUUGCGUCAGAUGAUCUGUAUAAGUUAUCUAUGAAAAUGCCUAAAGCCCUCAAGCCAAAGAAAAAGAAAAAUAUCUCUCAUGAUACUUUUGGUACAACUUAUGGAAGGAUUCAUAUGCAGAAGCAAGACCUAAGCAAACUACAAACCAGGAAAAUGAAGGGGCUGAAGAAGCGACCUGCAGAAAGGAUAACAGAGGACCAGGAGAAAAAAGCAAAGAGAAUUAAAAAGAAUUGAUGGAACUUCACCAAUAACUGCAUUUUUAUUUUUAGCCUUUACCUAAUGAGAAUUAUCAAGUGGUGAUUUCUUACAAGAUUUUAUAUAUUUUUAUAACUUGAUGAUUUCAUCUCAACUAUAUAUUAUAUAUAUUAUGAACAGUAACAUUCUAGUAUUAGGUUGGAAGUUAGCCUCCUACUUGAGAUACUACAUUCUGAUACGCUGUUUUCUUCCUGUGAUGUGAUAUUUCCCUCUCCCCACCCCCCAACAGGGUCCUCUGUCUCAUUUGGUAGGUGAGUGAGGAGUGAUCUCCAGAAUAACCAGUGGUAUUUUAGAGAAUUUUGGACUAAGUUUUAGAUAAAGGGAGGAGAGUCCUGGAGAGUAGAAAUGGUCCAAGGUAACUACAUGCUUAGUAUGAGCUGCCUGGAAAGUUGACCCCAGCUCCAAACAGACACCUAUAGCCUGAAUUUUAUUUUUGACUUUCCUGUUAUUUUGCCUGUAAUUCUACCUGUUCUCUAAUCUCAUUUUGAGAUUUUAAGCUCUGUCUUAAAACAUAGGUCUCUAAGAGAGGUGUCUACUACCUGAUCAUAUUUCUUUCUUUUUUUUUUUUUUUUUGUCUUUUUGUCGUUUUUUGUUGUUGUUGUUGUUGUUGUUACUAUUUCUUGGGCCGCUCCCGCGGCAUAUAGAGGUUCCCAGGCUAGGGGUUGAAUCGGAGCUGUAGCCACCGGCCUACGCCAGAGCCACAGCAACGAGGGAUCCGAGCCGAAUCUGCAACCUACACCACAGCUCACGGCAACGCCGGAUCGUUAACCCACUGAGCAAGGGCAGGGACCUAACCCGCAACCUCAUGGUUCCAACCAUUUUGACAUUUUCUUGAAGCCUGACCUUGUGCCUAGGAAAAUGGGAAAACACCUUCUAUUUCUUCCUCCUAGAAAUACCAACUUAUUUGCCAUAAGUUUAGAAUUUAGUUUCCUUGAUUAACUAACUCCCUGGCAGAGAAGCUCCCUUAUACACAGAAAAACAAAUGCCUUUGUUUUCAGUUCUUUGUCAAGGAGCCCCUCCAUGCCUAUGUGUACGUGUGUUUAUGUGAGUUUGUUGACAUGAAACAAAAGCUGGAACCUCAA